AUGUCUCAAUAUGAAUACGAAACAAAUACUUAUCCUGAAAAUCCAGUAAUAUCUUACAAAACUCCACAUCGAAGCUUAAUUUACACUAUAAUAUCUGAAGGUGUAUAUCCGACUGCUAAUAAAUUAGCAUGGACUAAAAAACCAAACCCAUAUAAAAUACCAGAUCAAUAUAUAGUACAAACAAGUUAUGGAAAAAAAAGCAAACAUACAACUAUAACUUGUACGAUUGACUAUAUUGAAAACAAACCACACUUCUUUGUCAAGUUUGGAGAUAGCUUAAAUGAUUUUGUUAUGUCUGAUCAAAGUGCAUCAUGUGCUGCUAAUGCAUAUCAAAAAGAAAUAGAUAAAUGCCAAACAUCUCAAAUUGAAGAAAAUCCUCCUAAAAGAAUAAAAAAAGGUAUUACUAAAUGGUCAGGAGUUUUGUUAUUUGGUUUACAACUACAGCAAAUUAAAGAAAUACGUGAGAAAAAAUACAUACAUAAUUUGAAACCUUUUGAUAAAUUAAGUGAAUCAGGAAAACGAGCACGUAAUAAAAAACUUGGAUUAGCUCUUUAUAACCAAGUUCAAAAUGCUACUGAAACUUUAUUUUGUGAUAGUGACAAAAUAGUGUUAAAUGAAUUAGUUUUUUCGAUUAAUAAUAAUAAUUUUAAAAUUAUUUACAACUCACCUGAUAAAGAUUCAACAGAAUUACAAGCUAAAGCUAUUGUUAGAGCAAUGGAUAUUGAGAAAAUUUCAUGUUCUGCAUAUAGAACUCUUGCAGCUAUUAAUCAUAAUCUUCCACGUGAAUGGGCAAUAGCAAAAAUGCGGCAAACAAUUACAAAUGAAAUUAAUACAAUAAUUAAAUCUUUAGUUUUUGAUCUAACGCCAAUAUUAAUUCAUGAAAUUCCAGAUAACGAAGAGAUUGAUAUCACUAAUACAGAAAUUAUUGAGUCAGUAACUAAAUCAAUUGGAAUGGGCGCAUAUAGAUCAAUUAAAGAAAUUUUAGCUUAUUUAAUUCCAGUUUGGCUUAAAAAAGGAAUUAUAACAGUAGAUUUACCUAUUAUUCAUAUUCGAAUUUCUGGAGAUGGGCGUAAUGUUGGAAAAAAAGUAAAACAUGUAAUGUUUACAUUUACAGUUUUAAAUGAUUUAGGAAAUAUUUUCAAACCUGAUUAUCACCAUACCCUUAUUCUUUAUCCUGGUAUUGAAUGUUACGAAAGCUUAGAAAUUGCAUUAAGUAUUUUAAUUUCAGAUCUUAAUAGUAUUAAGAAUUGCUAUAUAGAUAAACAAGGUAGACAAUGGCAAAUAAAAUUAUACUUCAGCGCAGAUUGGAAAAUGCUUGCUCUUUGCUUAGGACACAAGGCCGCUAAUUCUAAUCAUUUUUGUCUUUGGUGUCAUUGCAAUAAAAAUGAGAAUGGAAAUUUAGAUCGUGACUGGACAAUUCAAAAAAAUAUAGAAGAAAUUAAUAAGAAUUAUAUAACGAUUAAUGGACAUAAGAACAAACCACUUUUUUCAAUGAUUCCACUUACUAACUGGGUUCCAGACGAAUUACAUUUACUGUUGAGAAUUACAGAUAGGCUUUGGAUUUUAAUUCUUUCAGAAUUAAAAACCACUAAAAAGUUUGACAAUAUGAGAGACAUCAUUGUAAUGGAAAUGAAACGCAUUAAAAUUAAAUUCCAAUUUUGGCAAGAGCAAAGCUCAAAUAUAUGGCAAUAUACUUCUCUCAUGGGCGACGACAAACUUAAAAUGCUUAGAGAAUUUGAUUUAUCUACUAUUCUACCACCAGAACGUGCAAUUUUAAUUCGUAAAUUAUGGGAUAGCUUCCUAAACCUCUAUACUAGUCUAAAGAGUCAAACAACUACAGAAAAUCAGUUUAAAAUUAAUGCAAUUGCUUGGCUUCAGUUAUUUCUCAUGAAAUCAUCAGGAGAAUUUAAUAGUAAAACAUUUACCAAAGGGCUUUAUAAACCUAAUGAUAUCACUCCGUAUAUACAUGUGAUGGUAUACCAUAUACCUGAGUUUAUUGAUUUGCAUAGAAACUUUGGAAUAAGGGGUUUUUCUUGUUCAGCCGUUGAGAAAAAAAAUCACCAACAAGUGUCUUUUUUUUUCCAGAAAACUUUAAAAGAUGGAGGAAACCAACAUACUAGAAAAGCAGCUAUUCUUGAAAUACUAGAUUACGAUAACUGA